AAUGGUAAGAAUUAACAACCCAGAGCCAGAGGAGAUGGUCAUCUUCUUCGUAGUGGUCAUUUGCAUGGCACAAGUCAUAUUUGAAGCACAGUCCAUGACUCUUCCAGCUGAUGAGGUGCAAGCCCUUCAUGAAAUUGCUGAGCAACUGAACAAAAAGGACUGGAAUUUGAGCAACCCAUGUAGAAAUAUUUCAAUGAACACCCUCUUCUGCAACUGUUCUUUCUCUGGCAAUGUGUGCCAUGUCCAAACCAUUUUUCUUGUGGGUCAGGACCUGGAUGGUGUGCUUCCACCAUCACUGGUGAAGCUGCCUUACCUCAAGGAACUUAAUCUGAGUCAGAAUUACCUUAGUGGCUCAAUUCCACCAGAAUGGGGCUCUACCAAGUUGGAAUUUCUGGUCCUCAGCGUGAACAACUUAUCAGGACCUAUCCCUGCCUAUUUGGGGAACAUAACUACUCUCCGAGCUUUGGCCUUGGAAAGCAACUUAUUUUCUGGAAGUAUUCCACCGGAGAUGGGAAGAUUGAUUAACAUGGAAGUCCUCUACCUUCGAGCUAACAAUCUCACUGGACAGUUGCCUGUGGCUCUCACUAAUAUGACCAAAUUAAAAACACUUUGGAUUGGCAGUAACAACUUCACUGGAAAAAUUCCGAACUAUUUUCUUAGUUGGAAAGAACUUCAGAUGUUAGAGAUGCAAGCGAGUGGCUUUGAAGGGCCCAUUCCUUCUACUCUUUCUGCCUUAAGUAAUAUGACAUACUUAGUAAUCAGUGACUUAAGCGGAGAGAGCUCAAGUUUUCCAAACUUGUCGAACAUGAAAAACAUGCAGAAAUUGAUGUUAAGGAGCUGCAAUAUAACAGGAUCAAUUCCAGAAUAUAUAUCUAACAUGACAAGCCUGCAAGUUUUAGAUCUUAGCUUCAACAGAUUGAAAGGGAGUAUCCCAAAUCUUGACAAGUUAUUAGGAUUGGCCACAAUAUAUCUGACAAGUAACUGGCUUACUGGGCUUCCGGAGUGGAUCAAAAAUAGAGAUAGCCGCUACAUAAUAGAUCUUUCUUACAACAAUUUUUCAAGGGACUCUGUCCCAACUACAUGUCGAGAAACCUUUAAUGUGUUCAAAAGUUUCUCCAGACAGAACAACUCAAUUCUUUGGAAUUGCCUCUAUCCAUGUUCAAAAGAACAGUAUUCAUUGCAUAUUAAUUGUGGUGGAAAACCAACCACCAUUGGAAGCAUCAAGUACGAGGGGGAUGAAGCCUCGGGAGGUGGAGCAAAGUUUUUUCAUGACCCAGUUAAUUGGGGAUUUAGUAGCACUGGUGAUUAUGGGAUUAUGAAUUUUGACCAAGCCUACAUAGCAAACAAUGUUUCCAUACUCAAAAUGAACAACUCGGAAUUGUACAGAACUGCCCGCCUUUCUUUUCUUUCACUCACAUAUUAUGCUCGUUGCUUAGCAAAUGGAAAUUACACUGUGAAACUACACUUUGCGGAAAUAGUUCUCAGAGACAACAGGUCUUAUUAUGGUGUUGGAAGACGAUUUUUUGAUGUCUAUAUUCAGGAAAAACUGGUAUUGAAGGAUUUUAAUAUUGAAAAGGAAGCACAGGGGGUUGAUAAGGAAGUGAUUAAAGUAUUUAAAGCAGUUGUCAAUGUUAACACUUUAGAGAUCCGUUUUUAUUGGGCUGGGAAAGGGACAACUAAUGCCCCAAAGAGAGGGACAUAUGGUUCGCUUAUAUCGGCUAUCUCAGUUGAGUCUGAUUUUAAGCCGCCUGGUGAUAGCAACAGGAAAAUAUUCAUAGCGGUUGGAGUUGCUUUAUUCUUAUGCCUUAUCUUCAUGGUUUUUGGCAUUCUUUGGUUAAGAAGCUGCUUUGGAGGCAGGACCUCUAGGGAACAAGAGCUGAAAGGAUUGGAUCUGCAAACUGGACUCUUUAGAUUCAAACAAAUCAAAGCUGCCACUAACAACUUUGAUGCUGCAAACAAGCUUGGGGAAGGUGGCUUUGGAAUUGUUUACAAGGGGGAAUUAUUAGAUGGUACUACUAUUGCUGUUAAGCAACUUUCAUCAAAAUCAAAACAAGGAAAUCGUGAGUUUGUGAAUGAAAUAGGGAUAAUUUCUGGAUUGCAACAUCCAAAUCUUGUUAGAUUGUAUGGAUGUUGCAUCGAAGGAAAUCAGUUGUUGCUGGUAUAUGAAUACAUGGAGAACAAUAGUCUUGCACAUUCAUUGUUUGGUCCACAAGAAGGUAUACUGAAACUGGACUGGCCUAAGAGGCAAAAAAUAUGUAUUGGCACUGCAAGAGGGCUAGCUUUCCUGCAUGAGGAAUCGACACUGAAAAUUGUUCAUAGAGACAUCAAAAUGACUAAUAUACUGCUAGAUAGAGACCUAAAUCCUAAAAUCUCUGACUUUGGUUUGGCCAAGCUAGACGAAGAGGAGAAGACGCAUAUUAGCACCAGAGUAGCUGGAACUAUAGGAUACAUGGCGCCAGAAUAUGCACUAUGGGGUUAUUUAACUGGCAAAGUAGAUGUUUACAGUUUUGGAGUUGUUGCAUUAGAGCUCGUAUCUGGCAAAAACAACAUCAAAUAUCGACCAAAUGAGAAUUAUGUAUGCCUUCUAGAUUGGGCCCUUGUUUUGCAACAAAAGGAAAACCUGAUGGAGCUAGUGGAUCCAAAGUUGGGAUCCAAGUUCAACAAGGAAGAGGCAAUGAGAAUGAUUAAAGUAGCUCUACUAUGCACCAAUCCAUCACCAGCACUGAGACCUACAAUGUCUGCAGCACUAAGCAUGCUUGAAGGCCGAGCUGUUAUUCAUGAAUCAAGUAGAAAUCUGAGUAUGUAUGGUGAUGAACUGGGGUUUAAGGCCCUAAGAGACGACUAUAAUGAUCUGAAUAUUCAACAGAGUCCAAGAGAGACUCAGAGCCUCAUUUAUUCAUCCGAUGCCAAAGCAGGGCCAGAUGCCUCUUCCUCAACGACUGUCCAGGAUAGCUAUACAUUUAAUCUUGAUUCUCCAUAGCUUUUGAUGCGGGUCCGUAGAGCUCAGUUUAUAUUAACAAAAAGUUCAUAAGGCUUCUCUCUACAUAAGUGCUAGCUAGUAUCUUAUAUUGGUAACUGGUAACAGCAAAGCUUUGACACAUAUGGAUGUUCAUUUCAGAUAUACUGUUCAUUUUUUCUUGUUUUUUAAUCGAAACCUAAAUGGAUGUACGG